CAGGGUAGGCAGGUGCUCCUCACGGUACCUGCCUCUAACGCAAAUUGGAUGUGGGUGCUUAACGCGCUCCCGCACUCACGCAACGCGUCUCCCCCACGAGGAAAGUUCACGGAUCAAGAAACACACACCCACACACUCAAUGCUGGUUGCAUGAUCGGGUCGAGGAUUUCUGAACGGCGCUGCGCAUUUAUCUCAGACUUGUAUCCACCUCAACGUCCCUUUAUGCCAUUCGAAGAGCGUUCCGAUGUCGACCACCCGCCGCCGUUCGCGCAGCGCACUCGAGGAAGAUGACAGCGACGUCGACACCGUCGAUGGCACGGAGCCCGCAUCGCCUAAGAGGAUGCGAAGAACAGACUCCAUCAUCGACGAUAAUACACCCGAGCCGAGUGGAUAUGUGAAUGGCGAUCGCCAGCAUGAAAAGAUCGCCAAGGUGUCGGAAGAUGACUACGCCCCUGGUGCCAUUAUCCGCGUCUCCGUCAAGAACUUUGUCACGUACGAGAAGGCCGACUUCUUUCCUGGUCCAAACUUGAACAUGGUGAUUGGACCAAACGGGACAGGCAAAAGCUCGCUCGUAUGCGCUAUCUGCCUGGGUCUAGGCUACGCACCAAAACACCUCGGGCGAGCAGGGUCCGUGAAAGAAUUCGUGAAGCAUGGCAAAGACAUGGCCACCAUCGAAAUUGAACUUCGCAAGCGAGAGAAGGACCGACGGAACUAUAUCAUCAAGGUGCAGAUCAGGCGUGAGCAAAACUCGCAGAAGUGGUGGUUGAACGGCAAGGAGUCAAGCCAUAAGAAUAUCCAGACCCUGAUGCGCGAGCUCAAGAUCCAGGUGGACAACCUCUGUCAGUUCCUGCCCCAAGAUCGAGUCGUGGAAUUUGCGGCUUGCACUCCUGUCGAUCUGUUGCACGAAACACUCCGCGCUGCUGCCCCCGAGGAGAUGCUUGAGUGGCAGUCUAAACUGCAGGGUCUACACGCGGAGAAGAAGGAGAUGACGGCAACCAACGACGCCGACAAAGACUACCUCGCGAACCUCGAAAAUCGCCAGCAAGGCUUGCAGGCGGAUGUGGAUAGGCUCCGGGAACGAGAGGAGAUCCAGAAGAACGUUGAAAAUCUCAAGUCGGCGCACAAGAUGGCACUCUACCAAGACGCACGCCAGGCCCACGUGGCCGCGAAAGCGAAGCGCGACGAGGCGAAAAGGGCACUCAAGCGUCUCGAACACAAUAGCGGUCCCUCGUUGCAAGCCGUGAAAGACAAGCAAGACUACGCCACGCGAGUGCAAGCUGUGAUACCUCUCAGAGAGAAGGCGGCAGAACUGGCGAAAAAGGACAUCGUGGCAUUGGCUGCGAAGGUUUCCAGUGCCGCCUCAGAGGUGAAGGAUGCCAAUCACAGCAUUGAAGCAGAGAGGAAAGGCUUCGCUAAUCAAAGGAAGGAGAUGGGCACAAUCAAAGCUACGAUCAACAAUAUCCAAGCCAAGCUGAGAAAAACCCCACCCCCAAGAGACUGGUCUGAUGUCAACCACAAGAUUCGCAGCAUGUCACACGAAGAGCGAGAGCUCGGUGCUGAAGAUGAUCGCCUCAAAGCCCAGAUCCACAACAUUUCAGAGGAAGGCAAGGCUAAGAGGCGGGAAAUCCAAACGACGGAGAAGAACAUUGAAUCUUUCAACACCCAGCAAGGGCAGCAAAUGGCACUCAUGCAGAAAAACUUCCCCGAACACGCUAAGGGCUGGGAAUGGGUACAGGAGCACCAGAAUGAGUUUGAGAAGGAGAUCUUUGGGCCGGCCAUGGUCACUUGCUCGAUCAAAGACGAGCGAUACUCUGAUCAAGUGCAGUCUGUACUUGGCCAAGAGGAUUUCACGUGCUUCACCGCGCAAACGACCAACGACUUGACGAAACUCAACGACCAGCUCCUAAGAACCAUGAGCUUGAGUGUCGCUACUCGCUCAUGCGCAAAUCCCCUCUCGUCUUUCAAGACGCCCGUGGCUUUGGAGGAGGCUAGGCGCCUGGGAAUGGAAGGCUUCGCCAUCGAUUACGUGGAUGGUCCUGAGCCCGUCCUGGCCAUGCUCUGCGCCAGUUCCGGCUUACACAGAGCUGGCAUAUCAUUGCAGGAGCACACGGACCAGCAGUACGAGGCGAUUGUGCAGAGCGGUGCGAUCAAUUCGUGGUCUGCCGGAAAGACUGCGUACAAUAUUCGCCGCCGGCGCGAAUACGGACCUGGCGCUGUGACGACGGUAACGAAACCAGUUAAGGGGGGUCGUUUUUGGAAAUCACAGCCUCUCGAUUCCGCCGAGCUGAACGAAUACAAGCGUCGACUUGCUCAGGCAUCAGAGGAGUUUGCAAGGCUCAAAUCGCAAUCAAACGACUCCAAAACCCGGAAGGGUGAGAUAGAGGAAAAGCGAGCGAAACUGCGCACCGAAAUCGAAACAUUACAAGCCGAGAAGAAUGAGCUCCAAAGAGAGUGGCAGCGUUUCAACAGCUUGCCAGACCAGCUGGAGGCUGAGGAAACGAAGAAGAAGAAUUGCGAGAAUGAAAUGAACGCGAUCCGCGGUCGUAUCAGCGAGUUGAAUUUGAAGUACGACAAGGCCACCGUCAAACGUGCCGAAUUGGCGUUGCAGCACGCAAACGCCCUUGAGCAGUGCCGAAUCGCUCUAGAUGCCCUCGUCGAGACAAAGAUCUGGCAUCUCGAGGCCGAGUCUGACCUAGAGGGCCUGACAGCUCGCAAUGCUAGCAUCAUGCAGCAACUUGAUGACCAGAAACGUGUCUUUGACGAAGCUGCCGCAGAGGCCGAGACAGCACGAACCAUGGGCAAGGAGUAUCGCGAAGCCGUGGAGAUUAUGAUGGGAGAGAACCCGAGCGAGGAAUGGCGUGCUACCAUCACUGACCUCUGCCAGGACAAAUCAGCACCCGAUCUCGUGGUCGAGUACGAAGCUGAAGAAUCCAAGCUCGAGCUCAUACAAGCCGCUAACCCCAGCAUCAUGCGGGAGUUUGAGCGGCGAGCAGCCGACAUUGAUCGCCUGAAGCGGAAACAAGCCAACUCGCAGGAGAAGCUGCAGAGACUCAACGAAGGCAUCGAGGCACUCAUGGCCAAGUGGGAGCCAGAGCUGGACAAGCUGAUUGACAAGAUCGACAGGGCAUUUGCCCAUAACUUUGAGCAGAUUCAGUGUGCUGGCGAGGUCCGCGUCCACAAGGCCGACGAUUUUGACCUCUGGGCCAUUGAUAUCCUGGUCAAAUUCCGUGAGAGCGAAGAACUACAACAACUGACCGCCCACCGUCAGUCAGGCGGUGAGCGUGCCGUGUCCACAAUCUUCUACCUCAUGGCCCUCCAGUCGAUGGCGCAGUCCCCGUUCCGCGUCGUCGAUGAGAUCAACCAGGGUAUGGAUCCUCGGAAUGAACGCAUGGUCCACGAGCGCAUGGUGGACAUUGCGUGCAAAGAGCAUUCGAGCCAGUAUUUCCUCAUCACGCCCAAGCUGCUGACGGGCCUCCGCUACGAUUCGCGCAUGAGGGUGUUGUGCAUUGCCAGUGGAGAGCACAUGCCGGAAGACGGAGAGAGGUGUGAUUUCAGAGAGUGCCUCAAGGUGCAGAAGAUGUUGCUCCGGGCGUAAUCAGUAAUGGAGAGCCUUCUUAAAACUGGGUUACACGUCACAUUGACACACCCAAGGACGGAGAUAGACGAGGUAAAACACAAUUGUGAGCGAUU